UGUUAAUGGAUGAAUUAUGCGAGCGCCAACGACACCAUCCGCCCUUGUCGGCAUGUCCCGACCUCGCUCGCAUUCCGACGGCCAAUGCUGGCUUCCACCUCUUCGUGGGCUCGGCAGAAGCAGCCAGCAACGCCACCAUGAUGCAGGAACUAGGGAUUGGCGCCGUGCUGGCGUUGGGCACCAAGGCGCUGUCGGAAGUGGAAACUGUCAGCAUUGACAUUUUGGACAUGGAGCAGGCUUUCCUCAUGCAACACUUUGACGCCUGUUUUGCCUUCUUGCAUCGGCAAGAGCAGCGCCACGUGCCAACGUUGGUGCAUUGUGUCUACGGUCAGUCUCGCAGCGCGGCCAUCUGCGUGGCGUUCCUCAUGCACUCCGAGCAAUUGUCGCUUCGACAGAGUUACGAUCGGGUCCAAGCGGCUCGCCCUUGCAUCUACAUCAACUCAGGAUUCCUGUCUCAACUGGCGUUGUUUGAAGCCAUGCAAUGCCAGCUUCUUGGCUCGUCGCCUGCCCAUGCCACGUUUCGACUGCGAUGGACCUAUGAACGUCAUGUCAAUCAUAAUAAAGGGCCUGUGAUGCUGUAUCCACAGCCAACGGCUAUGGCCGCUCCCACCAUAAAGCGGAUAUUCUGCAAAAAGUGCAAUUUGCACUUGGGGGUGGCUGACAACGUUGUACGAAUCACACCUAAAAGUUCUCAAACGCGUCCGACUGUGCCUCUGUUCCAGGUACAUCAUGGCCACAAAGGUGGCAGCCCUGCAACAAGCUGCGGCUCUCUGUACGUCGAGCCACUCCCGUGGAUGCAUCUGGAGGUGAUUAUUUUGAUAUACAUGACGUGA